UUGUGCCUGCAGAUCUGAUUCACUUCUCUCCCUCUACUGACUCUGGUAUGUGAAUCACUGUUAUUUCCCUUUUAGCUGAAGAGCACCUUAUAUCCACAAAUAAGCUAACCGAGGGAGCCAAGUGUUCUCUUGGUUCACUGAAAAGCAAAUGACUGAGCCACUGAGGAAAGGAAGAUAAAAAAAAAGGGGGAGGUGGGGAAAGGUCAUUAAAUUGCAUUACAGCGGAACAGCUUUAACAGCGGUUUUAAUACCCUCCAUCAUAAUGCAGUCAGAGGAAGGAAAGGUUGGCCCCAGUCCAACAUAAGGGAAGGAAGCAGCUGAAAACGCCAGCUCGUGUCUUUGCUGUGUAUUUUUCACUCUGCUGCACUGAAACGUGGAUCCUCUGCUAGUCUGCACCACUGACAAGAUAAACAAGCAGGCAAAAGGGAGACAUGAGACUCAAGAGUGACAUGCGAGAGUAUAUAAUUAUUGAUUUGAAGAAAUAUUCCAGAAAGAGCUUGGAAUCUGUCUGGUGUGUCAUAUGCUGAGCUGAGACAGGCUGACACUUGUUACUCUUCAGCCAGACGUGUCCGAGAGAACUGCACAAGCGGCCAGUGAGUGGCCAGCAGUGAGUCCCCUGUGUGUACCUAGCACAGGAUGCCAGUGCUGGACAGGUGCUAUAACACGGCAGAGAUAGGCAGGAGGUGGAGGACAGGUGAGAUACUUUCACCUUCAUAUAUGGGUAGUUUGCCAACUUACCACUCUGGAAACCUGAGCUGUGAUUGCGAACUGCCGGAAAUAAUAAGGAUGGUUAAGCUCUUGUGGAAAUCAAAGAGUGGUUUGCAGAAUGUGAAGCAGAGAGGUCUGUUGGCCAAUGAAGAUGCAUUGGGAGGGAUACCAGGAGAUGCUCGAGUGAGAGUUCCAACAGGGGUUCUCUCUGAACGCCGUGGCUCUUUCCCUUUUAUUGAUUACCGACUUCUAAACAAUACAACACACUCAGAAGAAAUUGGCACUAAGAAAAAGUUAAAGAGAUUACUGAGUUUCCAGAGGUACUUUCAUGCUUCAAGGCUCCUCCGUGGAAUCGUACCACAAGCUUCCCUGCACUUAUUGGAUGAAGACUAUCUCGGCCAAGCACGGCAUAUGCUAUCAAAAGUGGGAAUGUGGAAUUUUGACAUUUUCCUGUUUGAUCGCCUGACAAAUGGUAACAGCUUAGUAACAUUGCUGUGUCAUCUAUUCAAUGUCCACGGACUUAUUCAUCAUUUUCAGCUUGAUAUGGUGAAAUUACACCGAUUUUUAGUCUUGGUUCAAGAGGACUAUCACAGUCAAAACCCAUAUCAUAAUGCCGUCCAUGCUGCAGAUGUUACACAAGCUAUGCAUUGCUACUUGAAAGAGUCAAAGCUCGCCAGUUUUCUCAAACCAUUGGACAUUAUGUUGGGACUACUGGCAGCAGCAGCGCAUGAUGUGGACCACCCAGGGGUUAAUCAGUCAUUUCUGAUUAAAACCAAACAUCACCUUGCCAGCCUCUAUCAGAACACAUCUGUCCUGGAGAAUCACCACUGGCGGUCCACAGUAGGCAUGCUCCGAGAAUCAAGGCUAUUUGCACAUCUGUCAAAGGAAAUUACGCAGGAUAUUGAACAGCAAUUGGGCUCCUUAAUCCUGUCAACAGACAUCAAUCGACAGAAUGAAUUUCUGAAUCGUUUUAAAGAUCACCUCAACAACAAAGAUCUCAGCUUGGAAGAUGCAGAGCACAGACAUUUUAUGUUGCAGAUCGCUCUGAAGUGUGCUGACAUAUGCAACCCUUGCCGUGUCUGGGAGCUGAGCAAGCAGUGGAGUGAAAGAAUCUGCGAAGAGUUUUACAGACAAGGAGACCUUGAGCGGAAAUUUGGACUGGAAAUAAGUCCACUCUGCAGUCAACAAAAGGAUUCAAUACCUAGUAUACAAGUUGGUUUCAUAUCCUACAUAGCAGAGCCCCUUUUUGUGGAGUGGGUCAGGUUUACAGAGAAUUCACCAUUGUCUGUAAAUAUGAUUAACCAUCUCAGGAAGAACAAGUCAAAGUGGAGAGCGCUACUGCACAAGCAGCGUAGCAAAAGCAAUGAUCACUUAGGACAAGAAAGCAAAGAGGACCAAAUGUUUGGCGAAGGUGGCGCCCCUUAGUGCCACAUUCAAACUCUUCUCUGUAGCAUUGCUGCCAUAUUCCUUGCAGUGUACAAUGCUUUCAAAUAAAAAAGCCCAGGUGGGCUGUGGUUGAUUUUAUCAACAGCUUGGAAAAAGGCAAGCUCAAGACGGUAAAUGAGAUGGAGCAAAGUAAUCAAGAUGGAGCUAACGGGUUGCCCUCCCACUUUACGGUAUCCUGUUGGGCCAAUACUUCAAAGCAUUUCUGUGUUAUCUCAUUACAGUUUAAAUUAACAUCCCUGAUUACGAGAUAACUGAAUAAAGUUUUAACAUUUUGAUGAACUGGGGUGAAACGCGCAUAUCCAGGGAUGCUUCUUUCCUGAAGGAACCUUGUGUCUAGCAUUACUUGGCUGCCAUAUUUCUACAGGAGAAGUGGUCAGUAUCUUCAAAAAAAACUUUUUUACACCAUCUUUCAGAAGUGCUCUAACUUGUAGGGCGACAUUAUAUCCAGCCGACAAAAAAACCUCAUUUAUUGAACCCAUAUGAACACCAGCAUGAACAGGACUCUUAAAACACGUCUAAAGAACAUAGUUUUAUUAAUACUUAAAAGAAUCACCUGUGAUUUAUUUUAUUCUUUUUAACUUUUGUAUUUUCUAAAUCACAAUUGGGGAUUUUAAUUGAAGCACUACCAAGACUUUGUACAGUUAGCACCUGUUUGUUAAGUGGUGUUUCGGACAUUUAAUUGGUAGUGCAAAUUGGUAAAUGUAAUGAUGGCGAGAUAAGGUAGUGUGCUUGCAACACAUGGGCGCUUUAUUGUUUGUAUUACAAAACGUUUUUGCAGUUUUAUUGCAACGUGUAUAGUUGCACCUGUAUAUUUUCUGUAUAUACUGAGCUACUGUUUCUCAUGCCAAAAUACUGAUUUAUUGUGGGACUGCUACAUGUACAAAUAAUGGCACUGUGAACAGAAUACUGUUACCUUUAACAAACAAUAUAGUAUUUUGUAAAUAUGUUACAUAGAUUAUUUCUAAUGUUGCUCUUAUUUCCAGAUAAAGGCCUUAAAUUUUAAAA